AAUAAUUUCUCUUUAUAAAUUCAAGACUUCAAUUUCACAGCUAUUCAUCUGCACUCUAAUUUUUAUAGCAUUCAAUUCCUUGUUUCACUCGGUUUUCUGUCCAUCAAUGGCAACACCCCCAAUCGCUCAUGAACCUUUUGCUUCGGAAUACGAUGUGUUCUUGAGCUUUAGAGGUGAAGAUACACGAAAAACUUUCACGGAUCAUCUUUAUUCAGCGCUGUGUCAAACUGGAAUCCGUACAUUUAGAGACGACGAAGAACUCAGAAAGGGUGAAUAUCUUGCUCCUGAGCUCACGAGAGCAAUUCAAAAUUCGAGAAUCUCUAUGAUAGUCUUCUCAAAAGACUAUGCAUCUUCUAGGUGGUGCCUGGAUGAACUUGUGCAAAUUGUGCAGUGUAAGGAGAAGGGAAAACAAAUAGUUUUUCCUAUUUUUUACAAUGUUGAUCCUUCUGAAGUGCGUAAGCAAAGUGGGAACUAUGGGUUGAGUUUUGCAAGGCACGAAGAACGUUUUGGGAAAGGAGAUAAAGUACAAAAGUGGAGAAAUGCGCUCACUAAAGUUGCAGAUAUGUCAGGUUGGGAUUUACAAGGCAUCACCAACGGAUAUGAAUCCAAGUUUAUCAAUACAAUAAUCAAUGAGGUUCGGUUGACAGUAAGUCAAGUACCAACGUUUGUGUCCAACACGGUAGGACUUGAUUAUCGUGUUGAGCAUGUGGUCCAGUUAUUGCUUGGAAAAUCUCAUGAUGGUGUCCGUAUGAUUGGGAUACAUGGUAUGGGAGGUAUUGGGAAGACAACUCUUGCAAAAGCGGUCUAUAACAGGCUUAAUGUAUACUUUGAAAGGAGCUGCUUUCUAGAGAUAGAUUCAGCAAUUUCAGGGCAACAAGAUAAUGGAAUAAAUCUUGAGAAGGUAGAUAAUCAGAUAAAAAAUAUACAAAAGCAGCUUUUUAAGAAGCUUUUUAAUGAGGAGAUUGACAUUGGCAGUAUAGACGAAGGAAUCAUGUUGAUGAAAAGGCGACUUCAAGCAAGAAAGUGUCUCAUUGUCCUUGAUAAUUUGGAGCAUAGAAAUCAAUUUAAUAAAUUAUGUGGAGGACGAGACUGGUUUGGUGGAGGAAGUAGACUUAUUUUAACCACAAGAGAGGCCCAUGUUUUUAAAGAGUUGAAUGUGGAUGAACAUUAUGAAGUUAAGGUAUUGAACCAUGAGGAGUCUUUGCAGCUAUUUAGUCUACGUGUAUUUGGAGAGCCUGCGUUGCAAAAAGAAGAUUAUAAUAAGCUUCUUCUAGAUGGCAUGGUUGCUUAUUGUGGGGGACUUCCAUUAGCUCUUGAAGUUUUAGGAGCUUAUUUGCGUCAUAAAUCGGAAAAGGAGUGGAAUAAUGCUUUUGAAAAAUUGAAAAGAAUUCCUCAUAAUGACAUUCAAGCUAAACUUAAAAUUAGUUAUGAUGGGCUUCCAGAUGAUCAUAUAAAAUCUCUUUUUCUUGAUCUUGUUUGUUUCUCCAAUGGAGUUUUUAAGGAGAAAAUUGAUAACAUGGGGUAUUUUUCGGACAUUGAAAUUCAAGACUUAGUUGACAAAUGCUUGAUAAAUUGUGAGCAGUCUUUGAUUAGUAUGCAUAGCUUAAUUCGAGAGAUGGGGAGAGAAGUUAUUCGUUCCGAGUCACCCAACAAUCCUGGUGAGCGUAGUCGGUUGUGGUGUCCUAAUGACAUCCAUGAUGUGCUUAUAGGGGAAAAGGGUACAAGAAAUAUUGAGGUGAUUGUAUUCAACUACUCACCUAUGAAAGGUGUGAAGUACAAUACAAAAGCAUUUAAGAAUAUGGAGAACUUAAGAAUUCUUGAAAUUGAUGAAGUCCAUCUUGAUGGAAAAUUCAAACAUCUAUCGAGUUCCAAGGUACUUAGAUGUUUGAAAUGGAAUCAUUGCCCUUUGAAAUCUAUCAAUAUUCCAUCAAGUGGUUGUUUUGAGAAGCUUGUGAGUCUGGAAAUAGUGAAUAGCAACAUCAAAGAAUUUAAAGCCCCUCUAAAGUAUUUUCCUUGUCUGGAGUCUUUGGAUAUGGAAUGGUGCCAUCAUCUCACAAGUACUCCGAACUUUAGCGGCUGUCAAAAUCUCCGUAAGUUAUCAUUUUUUGGAUGCUCAAGUUUGUUAAAGGUGCAUUCUUCCAUCGGAGAAUUGGGGAAAUUAGUUUCUUUAAGUUUUAGUGAAUGUCAAAAGUUAAAGAAACUUCCAAAGAACGUCAGCCAUUUGCGGUCACUGCAAGCUCUUAGUAUGUGGGGUUCGUUAGAACUUAAAGCAUCCCCUGAAAUUUUUGGAAAUUUAACCUCAUUACAAAGACUAUUUCUUGAACGUACCAGUACUUAUGGGGUGCUCUCCAACCUGUCUCACUUGUUCAACCUUAAAACAAUUGAGUUGAAUUUCUGCAAGAACCAAGAAGUACUCCAACAACUUCCUCACACUGUUGAAGUGGUCAGAUUGCAUCAUUGUGACAAUCUAAAAAUGAUCCAAGAGCUUCCACUUAACCUUAGGAUUAUUUCUUUAGAUAGUUGCAAAAGUCUUAAAAUGCUUCCAAUUCUUCCUCCCAAUCUUGAGCAAAUUCACUUAGAUGGUUGUGAAAAUCUUGAAAUGCUCCCGGAACUUCCUCACAGUCUUGAGAGAAUUAGGUUAUCUAGUUGCAAAAAUCUUAAAAUGCUCACAGAAUUUCCUCCUAAUCUCAGGGAUAUUUUUUUAGGUGGUUGUGAAAAGUUUGAAAUGCUUCCUGAACUUCCUUCCAAUCUUUCUGAAAUUAAGUUAGAUGAUUGGAAAAACUUAAAAAUGCUCCCAGAACUUCCUCUCAAUCUUAGGAAAAUUAUAUUAUAUAGGUGCAAAGAUCUUAAAAUGCUUCCAAAACUUCCUCUCAAUCUUCAUAAAAUUAGUCUAUCUAGUUGCAAAAACCUUAAAAUGCUUCCAAAAUUUCCUCCCAAUGUUACUGAAAUCUACAUAGAUGAUUGCCAAAACCUGAAAUUGCUCCCAGAACUUCCUCCGGGACUUCAAGAUCUUAUGGUUGAAAAUUGUGAGUUGAUCGAAAAAGUAUCAAACUUAUCAAAUUGUACGGGGUUGCAUCAUUUGAAUCUCAUCAAUUGCAAAAAGUUGAAGGAGUUUAAAGGUUGGGAGAAUUUUCAUUCUAUAAAGACAAUGAGGUUUGGAGGUGUUUCUCAUACCGAUUUCUCAGAAAGCAUUAAGGAGGUUUUAAAACACUCCAUGAAUUCCAAUGGUCUUCUUGCUUGUAAUGAAAUUCCUGGUUGGAUUAGAUGUCAGAAAGAAAAAUCGUCAAUAUCGUUUCAAUAUCCAUCAGCGAAUUUGAAGAAUCAUACAUUGGAAUUUUAUGGAUUUGUUUUUUUGGUUGUGUUCAAUCCGGCUCCACUACUCCCACCACUUUAUUGUCAUUAUGACAUGAGAAUUGAAACGCAUGAUUCCAAAGCCGUCCGAUAUGCAUGGCAUAAAUAUCGUGGGAUCCAAUUAGAAGUGGAAGGAAUUUUAUUUUUACAUGUCAUUACAGUUAAUGAUCUUUACGAUUAUGGGUUUGGAGAUAUAAAAGCCGGAGAAGUCAUCAAAGCUACACCCUAUAACUCAAAUUUAUGAAGGAUUUUACAGAGAUGGUAGGAUUAUAUCAUCAUCAUUCGUUGAAGCAAGUGUGGUAAAGAAAAUAGGAGUUGAAGCACUGUACAGAGAUAAAGAUGGCUCCCUACAACUUCUACCCCUCACUCAAGUUGGGUAGAACACUGAAGAAGAAGAAGAAGAAGAAGAAGAAGAAGAAUGUCUGAAAGCGCCAAAUAUGAGACCCAAAAAGAUCUUUCUAUUCAUGUUGUGUACGUCUCAUAUGUACUCAAGAAUGGUAGGUGUUGGACAAAAUGGAGCAGAGCAGAGUGACUGAAGCACUCUUCUUUUGUGCGUAACGCGGAGUGUGUCGAGGAUGUGGCACAUGGUUAAUUUAGUACAUGUUAAUGGUUUCAUAGGAUACCCAGACCAUCCGAGCCACAGGGGAGAUUCUUGGCAGCGAAGAAUGCUCGUGUGUUGGGUAAUAAUUAUGGUGUGAAAGAAGCUGAAGCCUUGAGUCUUAGGGAGGCUCUAAGCUGGAUUAAAGAUGCAGGAUUUAGCAUCCGCGAUUGGAGGUGUUGAAUUUUGUUUUGUGAAGCGAUCUACGAAUUGGCCACUCACAUUGUUGUCCGAGAGGCCAUUUUUGAGUCAGGUUGGGGGCGGUGGCUGGACAUUUCUCCAUUUUACCUUGUAAAUUGUCUUUCUUGUGAUUAAAUGAAUUAAAUUUUUGCACUAAAAAAAAGAAUCAUAUUUUCAUAUUUCGCUAGCUAGCUAGAUAAAACUCUCCCCUGAAGAUUUGUAUAUACUAAAUUAUUGUUCUCUAGAAUUAAACAGAUUCCAGUCUCAACCCAGUUUGCAGAUUAGUGCCAUAUGGAAGUUGAAGGGUUUCUAUGGUAUUUUGAUUCGACGAAAGAAUGGGGAGUUUGUGGUGGCAAAGAAUGGGUACAAGAAUGGUUGAAGUGAUUGCAUUCAACUACUCUCUUGUAAAAAAUGUAUAGUACAAUACAAAAGCAUUUAAGAACAUGGAGAAUUAAAGAAUUCUUGAAACUGUUGAAGUCCAUCUCGAUGGAAAUUUCAAACGUCUAUCCAGUUCUAAAAUGCUUAUGGAGCCACUGUCCUUUGAAAUAUAUCAUCAAUAUUCCAUCAAGUGAUUUUUUUUUGAGAAAGAGAAUAGCAACAUCAAAGAAUUUAAAAGGUCAUUUUGUGGUAUUUUAUUCUUGUUAAAUAUUAAUACGUUAUUGCUAUAACAAAAUAGUUGAAGAUAAUAAAUUAUAAUUCAAUAUAUAUGCUUCGAAAAUUUCGGUGUUUCUUGUUUAUUGAAUUCAUCAAAACAGUAUGUUUCAUGUCUCGAAUCUUUAAUCUUGCCUUGCUAGGGAAACAAGCUUGGCGUUUCAUUCAAUCUCAUGAGUUCUUUGUCUCAAGGGUGUUUAGAGCCAAAUAUUUUUCAAAUUCCUCCUUCUGUGAAGCUAAGUUGGGUGGCAGCCCAUCCUUUGUAUGGAGGAGUAUUUUGGAGACACAAACUUUAAUCAAGAACAAUUGUAGAUGGAGAGUUGGUCAUAUUUUAGAAACUUCCUAUCUUUGAAAUCAUGCAUUUUUUUUUCUUCUUUAGACUUUUCUCUCCUAUUUUUCUUAGUCUUCCAUUCACAUCUUUAAUUAAAAAGUGUUACAUGUUUCAUGUGGAACAGUCUUUUAAAAGACAAAUUUGUAACUUUCAAUGUAUGAAGUUUAUGUUAUACUCA